CCGCCGCUGCCACUGCCGCACGAGCUGUGCUGCUCUGCAGAGCCGGACCGGGAGCGGGGCCCGGGCCGGGAGCGGGGUGGGGGCCGCGGCCCUCGCUCUACCUUCUCCCACCAUGAGCCAGGGAAGUCCUGGGGCCUGGGCCCCCCUCGAUACCACCUCUGGGUCCUCUGCGUCCCCAAACCCGUUCGUGCAUGAGUUACACCUCUCCGGCCUCCAGAGGGUUAAGUUCUGCCUCCUGGGGGUACUGCUGGCCCCAAUCCGAGUACUUCUAGCUUUUAUUGUCCUCUUUCUCCUCUGGCCCUUCGCGUGGCUCCAAGUAGCAGGUCUCACUGAGGAGCAGCUUCAGGAACCAAUUACAGGAUGGAGGAAGACUGUAUGCCACAACGGGGUUCUUGGUCUGAGCCGCCUGCUAUUUUUCCUGCUUGGCUUCCUUCGGAUCCGAGUUCGGGGUCAAAGGGCCUCUCGCCUUGAAGCCCCUGUCCUGGUUGCUGCCCCCCACUCAACUUUCUUUGACCCAAUUGUUCUGCUACCCUGUGACCUGCCCAAGGUUGUGUCCCGAGCCGAGAACCUUUCUGUGCCUGUCAUUGGAGCCCUUCUUCGAUUCAAUCAAGCCAUCCUAGUAUCCCGGCAUGACCCAGCCUCUCGACGCAGAGUGGUUGAGGAGGUCAGAAGGCGGGCCACCUCGGGAGGCAAGUGGCCUCAGGUACUAUUUUUUCCUGAAGGCACCUGUUCCAACAAGAAGGCUCUGCUGAAGUUCAAACCAGGAGCCUUCAUCGCAGGGGUGCCCGUGCAGCCUGUCCUCAUCCGAUACCCCAACAGUCUGGACACCACCAGCUGGGCGUGGAGGGGCCCUGGCGUACUCAAAGUUCUAUGGCUCACCGCUUCUCAGCCCUGCAGCAUUGUGGAUGUAGAGUUCCUCCCUGUCUAUCAGCCCAGCCCUGAGGAAAGUAAGGACCCCACCCUUUAUGCCAACAAUGUCCAGAGAGUCAUGGCACAGGCCCUGGGCAUUCCAGCCACUGAAUGUGAAUUUGUAGGGAGCAUACCUGUGAUUGUGGUGGGCCAGCUGAAGGUAGCAUUGGAACCACGGCUCUGGGAGCUGGGAAAGGUGCUACAGAAGGCCGGGCUGUCCCCGGGCUUUGUGGACAUGGGGGCAGAGCCAGGCCGGAGUCGAAUGAUCAGCCAAGAGGCGUUUGCCCAGCAGCUGCAGCUCUUGGAUCCUCAGACAGUGGCUGGUGCCUUCAGCUACUUCCAGCAGGAUGCCAAGGGUUUGGUGGACUUCCGAAAUGUGGCCCUAGCACUAGCAGCCCUGGAUGGGGGCAGGAGCCUGGAGGAGCUGACCCGCCUGGCCUUUGAGCUCUUUGCAGAAGAGCAGGCAGAAGGAUCUGACCGCCUGCUGUACAAAGAUGGCUUCAGCACCAUCCUGCACCUGUUGCUGGGUUCGCCCCGCCCCGCUGCCACGACUUUGCAUGCUGAGCUGUGCCAGCCUGGAUGCAGCCAGGGCCUCUCCCUCCGUCAGUUCCAGAACUUCUCCCUCCAUGACCCUCUGUAUGGCAAGCUUUUCAGCGCCUACCUACGUCCCCCCCACAAGCCUCGAAGCACCUCCCAGAUACCAAAUGCCUCAUCCCCCAGCAGCCCCACUGCCCUGGCCAACGGGACUGUGCAGGCCCCCAAGCAGAAGGGUGACUGAGUACCUCAGCCUCCCACUCUUUCCUCAGCUCAAACCCAGCCCUGCUCUCAGGACAGCGCCAGAGGCCUAUCCUCUGCCUCAACCCCACCUCUGCUCCUGUUUGAUUUUUUUGGUUAUCAUUGGUUUUUGUUGUUGUUGUUGUUUAUUUUCAUUUUUUGUUUGGUGGGGUCUUUUUGUAAAAGACUAUUUUAUAUAUAAAUAUAAAUAUAUAUCUAUUAAAAAAAAAAAACCUGAACCUGAAGCUU